AUGGCUUCCUUCACAACAAAACCAGCCCUGCUAAAGUGCCAUGCUCCGCCCUAUCCAAAACGUCUUGGAGGUUGUGUCUCAGCCAUUUUCGCCUGCCAUAAGCCCACCUCGCAGGUUUUCUUCCGCCACUCCAUUCUCACAUUUUACCGGCAACAAGCCGCCCACAAACAAAGAAACAUCCCCAUGCCCAGUUUGCCUCAAUCCCAGGCACAGGUAAAUCCAAGUGAAGUUGGGCGGAAAAAAUCCAAUCAUGCUGAGUUCUGUUUCCGCAUCAGCAACGAAAUUCAAUCAAGACGAGCUUGGAUUGUCCAAGCUGCCUUCAAGACAAUUACGCAUUGGCUAUCCAAAUCCAGAGGAUCGUCGAUUAUGGAGACCUUAAUGUUGGUGUUUUGUUAG